CAUUCAAAUUAAGAUCCGCGUCCACGCAUAUAUCGUUGCUGAUGUCUCUCGAGAGGGUCUGAUUUUUUUUAUCCUUUGGUUGCGAAUGAUAUCGCGGCUUGUUGACAGGAAGGUUGUCUGUGACAACGGGCUGCUGAGAGCACAAAGGCUGUGAAACUUGAUUAAGAAGCAAAAUGGACACACAAUCCACAAACAUGAACAACACUUCCACAAUCCACAUUUCCCCGCUUCGAGAAUAAUAUUGGACACGAUGAUGAAGAAGAAGCGAGGUCGUCGUGUGAAAAGCCGAUUAUGAGAUACCAGGCCAGGGUGCUACCAUAAGCAUCGUUUCGCGAGGCGUCGGCGUCAACACCUUCGUCCACUCGUUCAUCCUAGAAAUAUCACAUAAUCCCGUCUGAGCAUGUCUCACCCCGCGAAGAGAACACUUAGCAUGCUCUACGGAACAGCUUGGAAAAAGGAAAGGACAGCCAAUCUGGUCAAACAAGCCCUGCAAGCAGGCUACCUCGCCAUCGACACAGCUGCUCAACCAAAGCACUACCGAGAACACCUCGUCGGCGAUGGAGUCCGCGAAUUUCUAUCAACCAGUAGUCUCAAACGCGAAGAUCUAUACCUACAAACCAAGUUCACUUCCAUCAACGGUCAAGAUCCCAAUAAUUUGCCCUAUGACCCUUCAUCCAGUAUCACAGAGCAAGUGAAAGCUUCUGUCGCGUCUUCACUGCACAAUUUACGAAACAACGAAAAUGUGGAAGAAAGUUACAUCGACUGUUUGGUACUGCAUAGCCCGUUACCAACGAUCCAACAAACCAUGGAGGCCUGGGACACAAUGUCCUCAUUCGUACCUACAAAAGUCCACUCCCUAGGCAUCUCAAACACUUCACUGCCCAUCCUCAGAUACAUAUGGGACAACAGCACUGUCAAGCCGAAAGUAGUGCAAAAUCGCUUUUACGCCGCUACAGGCUGGGACAUCGCACUCAGACAAUUCUGCAAAGACUCUGAUAUCGAGUAUCAGAGUUUCUGGACGUUGACUGGCAAUCCUGAGUUCUUGAGUGCUCCGUUGAUUACACGUACUGCUGAGGAAGUCGGGAUAAGCGACGAAGUUUUGCUAUAUGGCUUUGUGCAAGGACUUGGUAUUACACCUAUUAAUGGCACGACUUCGCACAUUGAGACUGAUGUGGCUGAGCUCCUGAAGCUCGAGAAAUGGAAAGCCGAGGGCCACAACGGCAAGACAUGGGAAAAGGUUGUUCGAGUUUUCGGUCUGUUUCUCAAGAAGUGGGCUCAUAAUGGUGACCAUCGUGGUUGAUGUCAUUGUUAUUUGUUAUUCGUAUGUCAAUCCAAGCGCUGUGUUUUCCGGGAGUCAUAAAUCAAAAUACAUGAUCUAAACAAAUGCUGCAGAACAGAAUCAGAAAAUCGAGCGGAGA